UAAAGGACAGAGCCUGUGGUUUAGACGGCUUGAGCCGGACGCUUUCUCUGUCCCAGGAUGAAGCAGGUCGAGAUUCUGGAUGAUAAAACCAAAGAACAGCUGUGUUUUCUGGACAAGGUUGAGUAUCAUUCCACUAUCGGCGAUAUUAAAGUCCUUUUCCACAGAGUGUAUCCGCAGUGGUAUCCAGCAAGACAAGCGCUGAGACUCCACCCCAAAUCAGGCGAGCUCAGAGACGAUGAGCUUUUACAGAAUUUACCUGUGGGUGUGACAGCCACACUGUAUUUCCAUGACCUCGGGCCUCGCCUAGGCUGGACCAUGGUGUUUCUGUCGGAGUACGUAGGACCACUUCUGAUUUACCUGCUCUUCUAUUUCCGACUUCCCUACAUCUACACUCAUACACACACUCUCACUCCACCCGGCCCCCACCCUGCGGUCAGUUUGGCAUGUGUGUGUCAUUCUCUCCAUUAUAUGAAGAGACUGAUGGAGACAGUAUUUCUGCAUCGUUUCACCCAUGGCACUUUGCCUGUAGGGGUCAUCAUGAGAAACUGUGUGUAUUACUGGGGUUUUGCUGCCUGGUUGGCAUAUUACAUUAAUCACCCACUUUACACCCCACCAUCAUAUGGACAACUACAGAUCGGCUGUGCGCUCGUCAUGUUCAUGCUGUGUGAGGUGGGAAAUUUCUCAAUCCACUGGUCACUCAACACCUCAGGAGGAGACGCAGGAGCUAAAUACCGACGUUUCCCUCAUCCUUCUAAAAACCCCUUCACUUGGCUCUUCUUCUUUGUUUCCUGUCCCAACUAUACAUAUGAGGUUGGAGUGUGGGUGAGUUUCUCCAUUAUGACUCAGUGUGUUCCAGCUGCUGUCUUCACCCUGAUCGGAUUUGUUCAGAUGACGAUAUGGGCCAAGUGGAAGCACAAAACCUACACCAGGGAGUUUAAAGACUACCCCGCUGUCCGUAUGUCCAUCCUUCCAUUCAUCCUCUGACAAUACAACACAUGAAUCUUCUCUCACUCCUCUUAUUAAACACCAUUCAACUCAUUGAUUGUCUUUAAUCAUAUUUUUCAGAGUUCAUGCUCUGAGUUUAACUCCAACAGUGUUUAUUUUUGCUGAUUAUUGAUUGUGGUGAUGAUGAUGAUGAUGAUGAUGAUGAUGUACUGUCAGUGUACUUUUCCUGUUCAGAUGACAACAAAUAGAUUUUUUUUUUCAGUUCACAACAGAAGUUUUAACAUUUGUAAGCAUGUCAUGAAAGUUGCUUGUGGGUGUGUCUUAUAAUGAUUUAAUUUCUGGUUGCCAUGGUUUCACUCGUCAAAUCAGGCUAGUGAGAUAUUUAAAGUAUUUAAAACCAGCCCUGAUCACUAACAAUAAAAUGAUGGAGGGAAAUUCUUGUGUAUGAUAUACACCCUCACAGUGCAUCACUAAUGUCAGAAUGAAACUAAAACAACAUGAACAUGAAUCAAAAUUAGCUCAUGCUCACUGCCAUUUACUAAAAAUUCACAUGUCUCUAGAGCUCUGGAAUAAAUCACAGAGAGAAAGAGAGAUAGAGAGAGAGAGAGAGAGAGAGAGAGCACUAAUUUGCCCCUGAAGACUGCUCUUAGUGACAGCUUGAAUUCAGACAUUAUUGACUCCUUCCAGUUCGGAUAAGUGUUGCCUCCAGCAGAAGCCUGAAGCUAAAAGUCCUGUCUAACACACCCUGAAGACACGGGCUGGAGUUACACCAGCAACACGGAGAGAGAGAGAGAGAGAAAGAAUAAUAUUACAGUAUGCAAAAAGCACCAAGGCUUCACACAGCCACAUCACUGUCUAACAAAAUCAUCAGUCAUCUAAUAAAAUACUUUAUUUAUUGAUUGUUUUAUUAAAAGUGCUUUAAUGGAGAAUCUACACACAUUUAUAAAUAUAUUCAGAAUCACAGAAUUCACUCUUUAUUUUGUUG